AUGAUGUCGCCGCCGGAGUCGUCGCCCGCCUCGACCCCCGCGCCGUCGUCCCCCUCCCCUUCAUCGUCGCCCUCGUCUUCGCUUUCGCUCUCCUCCUCGUCCCAGCCGCCCUCGUCGCCCGCGCCCUCGAUCUCCAACCUGCAGAUGAUGCUCAAGGCCUUCCCCCAGAUGGCCUACAUGAUGGGUGGAGGAAUGCAGGGAAUGCAGGGAAUGAAUGGGAUGCCGACUAUGGCGAGCAUGGGCGCGAUGCCGGGCAUGGGCGGGAUGGCGACGAUGCCCAUGGCCGCGAUGGCGGGCAUGCCCAUGUCGGCCAUGGCCGCCAUGCCCGGAAUGGGCGCGAUGCAGGCCGCCAUGGGCGGAAUGCCUGCGAUGGGCGGAAUGGGUGGAAUGCCAGCGAUGGGCAUGGGCGCGAUGUCCUACACCUGGAUGCCGACCUCGAUGGGCAUGCAGAUGGUGCCCGUGCCCAUGUCCUACCCCGCCGCUGGCAUGUCCGGAAUGUCGAUGAUGCCCAUGUCCAUGCCCUACCCCGCCGCCAUGUCAAUGAUGCCCAUGUCCAUGCUCAACACGCCCUACGGUCCGAUGCCUGUGAUGGCCCAGCCAGGCAUGCCCACGACCAACCCGCCCCGACCUACAGCGGGAGGCCAGCAGGCCGGCGGACCCGGAGGCAUGGCGUCCGCGGUCUACCCGCCGAUGGCGAUGGCGAUGGGUCCCUCGCCCGCGAUGAUGAUGGCGCCGGGAGGCGGCAUGGGCGCGUCUCCUGCGAUGAUGAUGGCGCCGGGAGGCGGCAUGGGUCCAGCCUCCAUGAUGAUGAUGGCCCCCGCGAGCAGUGCCGGCGCCAGCAGCGGCGUUGUCGUUGGCGGCGAUGGCCCGCCAUCCGGUGAUUGCAUCCAGUCUCCGGACGGGAGCAAGCGCAAACGGCCGUCGCGGCCCUAUGUCAAACCCUUCACGCAGCAGAAGGGCGUGCAGUGCCAGGGCAUGAACGCCAAGAAGCAGGCCCGGUGUCGCAACGCAGCGCUCAUGGAAUACAUCGGCGAACAGCCGGUGUACUGUGCGGAGCACAUCGAGCAGGAUCCGGACUCGCUGUACUGUAAGUGCAAGGCGCCCUUCAGGAACAAGCCCGGCGAUAACAAGCGCUGCAAGGAGGUCGUGCUCAAGGACUUUGAGUUCUGCUACAAGCACUACGGGCUCGCCGUCCGGGCGAUGGUCGGCAAGGAGGGCUACAUACUGGCCUGCUCGCGCUCCGACAAACUAGCGUCUGUCUUGAGCCGGCUGUGCGAAGAGGCCUCGGCAGCCAAGAAGGCGGACGGGGACAUGUACCAACGAAAGAGCAAACUCAUCGGCAAGCUGCAGCAAAUGUACACCGUGCUCAACACCCACGUCACCAACCUCGGCAGCCAACUGAUGAAGGAGGCCGAGCGGAAUUUGGAGAAUGUGCGAAACAUGCACGGCGAGAUGCAGCUGGUGGAGAGCCAACAAUCGGCGGCGGUGGCGGGGGUGGUGGAUGAAGUGCACCUUCAUCCGUCGCUUUCUUCAAGUUCGUCUUCGUCGUCGGGGCUCGGGGCCGACCUGCAGGCGCCGGUCAUGCACAGACCAGCGAACGGCCGACAGGAGCAGGAGGACGACCAAGAAGGGAACGGCGAGGACGACGAAGGCGAUGCCAUCGAGGGCGAAGGCAAGCACAAAGAGGUCGAACGAGAAGACGGUAUCGAGGCAGGAGCCUGA